AUGAUCUCAGACGUCCAUGGGAAUGCUAAAUUGGCUUCCGGUCCAGGUGGGAAGUCACCGAUAGCGUCGGAAAAGGCCUCGACUAUGCCGUGGAACUUGUCCACCGACACGUCGUCAGAGGCACCUACCAGGCCCCCACUGAACUCUCAGCAGUCGAAUUCCCUCCCUUCAACGCCGUAUCAACAUGCGCGGAACCUCUCCUUCCACUCCCGAUCCCCCUCCCCUCCGCACGGAAGCACUUCCCCUCGGUCAACCCAUUCCGAGUCCACGCACCUACCGCCAUCCUUACGAAAACCGUUCUCUGGAUGUAAAUAUGAAACCGCCAUGGCCUUCUUCCGGAGAAGGAUACCGUAUAGCCUGGGUGCCGAUCUGUUGCCAGAGGAAAGAGAGGGUCUCAAGGAACGGUUGGAGCCGGAGGAAGAGAAGAGACUCGCCGACGAUAUGCUGGAGGUAUAUGAUCGAUUACUGCCGUCUGCGGAGAGUGAUGAUCGACGACGCCAACUUGUUCGCAAGUUGGAAAGGCUAUUCAACGAACAAUGGCCUGGUCGGGAUAUUAAGGUCCAUGUUUUUGGGUCGUCGGGGAAUAAACUCUGUUCAAGCGACUCGGAUGUGGACAUCUGUAUAACAACGACAUAUAAGGAGCUCGAGCAUGUCUGCUUGCUAGCGGAGGUUCUUGCACGGCAUGGCAUGGAACGGGUCGUUUGUGUAUCUCAUGCGAAAGUUCCCAUCGUGAAGAUCUGGGAUCCGGAGUUACAGUUAGCCUGCGACAUGAACGUGAACAACACAUUGGCGUUGGACAAUACGCGUAUGGUUAGGACCUACGUCGAGAUUGACGAGCGUGUGAGGCCAUUGGCUAUGAUCAUCAAACAUUGGACGAAACGGAGGAUACUCUGCGAUGCCGGAUUGGGUGGCACAUUAAGCUCCUAUACAUGGAUAUGUUUGAUCAUUAAUUUCCUCCAAACGCGAGACCCUCCAAUUCUCCCCAGUCUUCAGGCUCGGCCCCAUGAGAAGAAGAUUUCGCCUGAAGGAUUGGUUUGCUCAUUUGAUGACGACGUUAGCAAUCUGGCUGGGUACGGACGGAAAAAUAAGCAAAGCUUGGGCGACCUGCUUUUCCAUUUUUUUAAGUAUUAUGGCCACGAGCUCAACUACGAAAAGUAUGUCGUAUCCGUUCGAGAGGGUAAGCUGAUUUCGAAGGAAGCCAAGGGGUGGCACUUACUCCAGAAUAAUCGCCUCUGCGUGGAAGAGCCUUUCAAUACGUCGAGAAAUUUGGGAAAUACUGCGGAUGAUACAUCCUUCAGAGGCGUUCAUCUCGAACUACGGAGAGCAUUCAAGGCAUUGUCGCAAGGAGAUCUUGAGCUCUGUUGUGAGCAAUACGAGUAUCCACCCGAGGAAGAGCGGUCGUGGGAGCGGCCGCCCCCUCAACCGCGACCUGUUCUCACGGCACCUCCGUCUUCCCGGGGCGGUCGUGGUGGUGGCCGUGGUGGGCGACAUUCGAACCAAUACCCUCGUGGUGGACACAAUGGCAGCCGUCGGUCUUCAAAUACGCCGCAUAAGUCCAAUAACUUCCGCCAAGCCAGCAACGGUAUGAGUGCAUCGGAACUAUCUCUGCAAGCGCAACAAGCUCAAUAUCUUCUUCAUGACCAUCUCUACCAGCAGAUUCAGAUCCUCCAAGCCCAGGAACAGGAACUUCGAUUACAGCUUCAAAAUCAAGCACUUCUCACCGGGAGACCGCCACCUGUGCUUAUCCGUCAGCCAUUCAUGCAGUUUCCGAUGCCUCAGCAACAGGAGUCAACCGGCGACGACAACUCUCGCUCAAGGUCCGGAACAGCGAACCACGCGCCGCACGGAACGCAGCUCCGCCAGCAUGUCUACUACGGCACCCCGUACCUUCCGGUUACAAUCACGGGCGUGCAAGGCAAUAGCACAACUAAUCCGCCAUCGCCAUCAGCGCCAACUGCUAUGCCAGAGCUUCGGCGCAAUCCACGACGAUCGUCAGUUGCGAACGGCUCCCCAGGCGGAUCUCUCAGAGCGCAGUCACAGCCCGCGCGGUCGGUUCACUCUCUUCCGAGCUUUGCCCCAAUAUACUCCAUGACGCAAGAUCCCCCACAAGGUUCAAAGCAGCGUAAUACACCUGCAUCCCCUGAUGGUGCGCAGAGCGAAGAAGACAGCAACUUCAUGCCUAGUAGUAUGCCCAAUGUGUCUCGCUCGCCAUACUUGGAUGAAAGUCGGCCAACCGAGUAUAUGACCUACUACCUUGCCACCUCACCACAAUUGCAGACAUACCAUCAAAAUGCCAUGUUGUCUCCACUGCAAACACCAGUAGGCUUAGCAUUGCCGAACGGCACCAUCAUGCCCUUCGUUACCAACUCUCACGAGUAUCUGUCCACACUCGGCCCCCAUGAAGCAUUCGGUUCUUCUCCGGACAGCGGCUCUACGCAGGCCUUUAAGGUUGGGUCAACGCAGCAGCGGGCAACGGCACGACCCAUGGCAUCGGGUGGUCCCUUAAUUGUCGACGGGUCCGUGCCUCUGACUGAACCGCGCAAUACUGCUAUCUCUGCCGAGAACUAUGACCCCUGUGGCGCCAUGAGCCAUUGCACAUCGACUUCGGAUGAUCACAAUACUGAUACUCCCGCCAGUGUCUCCGACGCGUUCUCUCAAGAUUAUCAAGAUACAAGUUCGGUGGAAACUGAUCAAACUCCGUACUUCAGCCGACAAGGAAUCGACACUCGGAAACCAGCCGACGCUUUGACCAACGGACACGGUGGGAAGCCCAGUCUGCUGUCAAGCCGUCUACAAAGUCUACAUCUCUCGAACAGUGAGAAAACGACAGAGCCGUUGUCGAAGCCUGGUCCGGAAAAGCACAAGGCGGCUUUUUCUCACCAGGAAACAUUGGACAAGGACUCGUCUCGUUUCAGGCAUACGACCGCGGAGAAGGGGGUGUCCGGACCCGAGCUACACGGCUCGUCGAAUGGUAAACGCAGACCCAAUGGCGUUGAUGUUCCGGAGAAGCUCAAUGGAAACUCUCAUAAGUCGAAACCCAAAAACCGUUCCGACAAUUCCCACCACGCUGGUGGGCCAGGCGACAAAGAACGGAAUGGCGGUCAUCCCACACGACGGACGAAUGGCACUGGCUCGACGACGCACGACUCUCAUGGUAACCACGCAAGUAGUGGCUGGCAGACAACCAAAAAGAAGCAGAAGAAGAAUGCCAGGUCGAAUGCGGAAAACCGCCACGGUUUCCAUGGCGGUGCCGAGCCCCUCCCUGCGGAUGAAUCUCUGAGAAAAGGCGGAUGA